AUGAUAAUUCCCCAAACACAAUCCCAACGUACAACGGAAAAUGUACCUGACUGUGAAACUCCAAGAUGGGAUACGAAUAGGAGAGAUAGGGAAAUGGGGCAUGAGAGGUUGUAUAAUGAUUAUUCUUUUGAUAAUCCUGUCUACAACAGCAACCAACUCAGACAAAGAUUCCGAAUGCAGCGACCUUUGUUCUGCCGUAUAAUAAACAAGGUUGUUGAAGGUGAUGUUUACUUCCAGCAACGUAGGAAUGCAGUUGGAAAGUUGGGGUUAUCACCUAUGAAAAAAUGCACAGCCGCUAUAAAGAAUGUUAGCUUAUGGCUUGGCAUGAUAGGUAGCAUUGAUUGUAUGCAUUGGGAAUGGAAGAACUGUCCUAUGGCUUGGAAAGCGCAGUACGCUGGCCAGAAUAAGAAGACAACCCUAAUACUUGAAGCCGUUGCGGAUCAAGAUCUAUGGAUUUGGCAUGCUUUCUUUGGUAUCCCCGGAUCUUGCAAUAAUCUGAAUGUGUUGUAUCGUUCACCAGUAUUUGAUGAUGUUCUGCACGGUCGAGCUUCGCCAAUAAAUUUUACGGUUAAUGGCCAUGAAUACAACAUGGCUUAUUACUUAGCCAACGACAUUUACCCAAAAUGGGCUACUUUCAUUCAGGGUAUUACGCAUCCUCAAAUUCAAAAGGAUAAAUUGUUUGCUGACCACCAAGCUGCUGCUCGGAAGGACGUUGAAAGAGCUUUCGGUGUUUUACAAGCUCGGUUUUCAAUACUAUGA